GGUCGCGGGCGCGCGCGCGGCCUGCGGGACAGACGGAGGGAGGGAGUAGGGUUGCCGCUGAGUGCCGCCAUAUUAGCGACCGCGGAGGCCGGGGGAUUCCCGUGAGCGGCGGCGGCGGGGCCUGGAGCAGCGGCGGGGCAUCGAACGGGCGCGGAGUGUUCCUGGGACCGGCGGGAACCGGCGGGAACCGGCUGGCGACGGGAGCGCGGCAGGUGAGGACACAGGCUGCCCUCUGCUGCGGGCCCCGCCCCGCCCGCCAUGGACCAGGACUAUGAGCGCAGACUCCUGCGACAGAUCAUCAUUCAGAAUGAGAACACGGUGCCAUGUGUCUCAGAGAUGCGGAGGACCCUGACACCAGCCAACUCCCCAGUGUCCUCGCCCAGCAAGCAUGGUGACCGCUUCAUCCCCUCCCGGGCCGGGGCCAACUGGAGCGUGAACUUCCACAGGAUCAAUGAAAAUGAGAAGUCCCCCAGCCAGAACCGCAAAGCCAAGGAUGCCACCUCCGACAAUGGCAAAGAUGGCCUGGCCUACUCCGCGCUGCUGAAGAAUGAGCUUCUCGGCGCAGGCAUUGAGAAGGUGCAGGACCCGCAGACAGAGGAUCGGCGGCUGCAGCCCUCCACGCCCGAGCACAAGGGCCUCUUUACGUAUUCCCUCAGCAGCAAGCGCUCAAGUCCUGAUGACGGCAACGACGUGUCCCCAUACUCCCUAUCUCCUGUUAGCAACAAAAGUCAGAAGCUGCUGCGGUCGCCACGGAAGCCCACGAGAAAGAUCUCUAAGAUUCCCUUCAAGGUGCUGGAUGCGCCGGAGCUUCAGGACGACUUCUACCUCAACCUGGUGGACUGGUCUUCCCUCAACGUGCUCAGCGUGGGGCUGGGCACCUGCGUGUACCUGUGGAGCGCAUGCACUAGCCAGGUGACCCGGCUCUGUGACCUCUCUGUGGAAGGGGACUCAGUGACUUCCGUGGGCUGGUCUGAGCGGGGAAACCUGGUCGCAGUAGGCACUCACAAGGGCUUCGUGCAGAUCUGGGACGCUGCUGCCGGCAAGAAGCUGUCCGUGCUGGAGGGCCACACGGCGCGCGUGGGGGCACUGGCCUGGAACGCAGACCAGUUGUCAUCUGGCAGCCGUGACCGCAUGAUCCUACAGCGAGAUAUCCGCACCCCGCCCCUGCAGUCAGAGCGGCGGCUGCAGGGCCACCGGCAGGAGGUGUGUGGCCUCAAGUGGUCCACAGACCACCAGCUGCUUGCCUCGGGCGGCAAUGACAACAAGCUGCUUGUAUGGAAUCACUCAAGCCUAAGCCCCGUGCAGCAGUACACGGAGCACCUGGCGGCCGUGAAGGCCAUCGCAUGGUCCCCACACCAGCACGGACUGCUGGCAUCUGGCGGGGGCACAGCCGACCGCUGCAUCCGCUUCUGGAACACCCUGACUGGCCAGCCGCUGCAGUGCAUUGACACGGGCUCGCAAGUGUGCAACCUGGCCUGGUCCAAGCAUGCCAACGAGCUGGUGAGCACACACGGCUACUCGCAGAACCAGAUCCUCGUGUGGAAGUACCCGUCCCUCACGCAGGUUGCCAAGCUCACUGGCCACUCGUACCGUGUCCUCUACCUGGCCAUGUCCCCUGAUGGGGAGGCCAUCGUCACGGGGGCGGGAGAUGAGACCCUGCGGUUCUGGAAUGUCUUCAGCAAAACACGCUCUACAAAGGAAUCCGUGUCUGUGCUCAACCUCUUCACCCGGAUCCGAUAGACCCGCGGGUGGGAUGCGCAGCCCCACGGGGCAGAGACGGAGCAGCCAGCAUGCAUGGGCCCUGCCGUCCCUGCCGUCCCCAGAGGCAUCUGGCGGGCGGGCGGGAGCUGGGCCGGAGACCCCAGAGUCUCAUUAAACGCCUCAUUGUGAGCUGUGGAGCCGGUGUCUGGGACGGGGGCGCAGGGGCCCUCAGCCACCGGCUGCAGCCCCUUCUUGCUGGCUGGCAGCACCCAGAUGGACACUUGUGACCUCCCUCUUACCACUGCCCAAGCCAUACUGGACACAGCUGAGCAGGAGACCCGAGAUCCCAUCAAACCCCCAAACCCAGUGUCACCUGGGGAACUGUGAACCAGAGCCGUCGGGCCCUCCCUGCAGCUGCCCAAGCUGGGCCAUCCUGGGAAGCGCUGGCAGGGACCUGCGCCUCUCGCCGUGACACCUGACUGCAUCGCCACCCCAUGUCUGUGUGUGCACCUCCUGUAACCCCUUCCCGUGCGCGUCGCCUCACCCUCUCCCCAGCUAGCUGCCUUGUCUGCCUCAUCCUGGCCUCCCUGUCUUCAGCUCCCAUCUCUGCUACUGGUCCUAUCGUGGGGAUGCUCUGCAGACCCCCAGUGUGGUGGCCGUGGCCUGUGGUGUGUGCACGUGUGUAUAUAUGUAUUUGUGACACCUUA